AUGGUAUUCAAUUUUAAUAAAAAAAAGUGGUUUGAAUCAUGGGAUCCUAAAACAUUAUAUUAUGAAAAGCUUCGAGGUACUGAUCAAUGUUGUAAGGAGUCUCCAAUUAAUAGUAUAUCUGAAGGAAUUAUUUGUGGUCCAGUACUAAGAUUGUUAUAUGUUGAUUAUGGUAAAAAUCAGUAUCUGGGGUCCAUUCUGAUUGUUACUAAAAAUUUAUCUGAUCUAAUGAAACAGCCAGUUAUAAAAUAUGUAUGUGGCCCCUUAGAUUUUCAGGUUAAUACUAUAAUGGAGCCAACUAAAGCUACAGAUAAGUUUACUGAUGAAAUAGAUAACAAUAAUAACAAUUUUGACUGUGAAUUAACUGAAGGGGUAUUUACUCCAACACUAUUUCAUGAAGAUCAAUUAGGUGAGAAUACAUUCCAAUUUUAUCGAUAUAUGAUCGAUUUGCCCUUAGUAGAACAUGAUCAAAUGGUUAGAUAUUCAGUUGAUAGUAACUGGGAAUCACAUUAUAGGUUUUAUGUUCCGUCAAGGACUAAGAACUUCAAUGUGAUGGCUUAUUCAUGCAGCGGAUUCUCAUUAGCUGUAGAUACUUCAAGAUUCAAAGGUUCCUUAUGGUAUGACGUGCUACAAAAACAUUCAAAAGUGCAUUAUAAUGUUAUGUUAGGAGGUGGUGACCAAAUUUAUAGUGACUCAAUCAAGUUAUAUUCUCCUAAAGUGGCACAUUGGAUAAAUACAAAGAAUCAAAUAACUAAAUAUACAAUGAAAGUAGAUCUUUCAUUCCGGAAAGACAUGGAAAAUUUUUAUUUAAAAGAGUAUCUAGAAUGGUAUGGAUUUGGCUAUUGGCAUGGUUCUACUGAAAAAUCAAUGACAACACAAAGAUUACUUCCAUUAGCCUUAGCUACUAUUCCAUCAAUUAAUAUUUGGGAUGAUCAUGAUAUUAUUGAUGGGUUUGGUUCAUAUAAUGAUUCAUUUAUGCAGACUGAAGUGUUUAGUAAUAUUGGACAAGCUGCAUAUAAAUAUUAUAUGUUAUUUCAACAUCACGUCAGUAUUGAUGAGAAAGAACCUUAUUUGAGUACCAAAAAUUGGAUCUUGGGUUCUAAUCCUGGCGCAUACAUAAAAGAAAAGUCCCAUUCUAUUUGGACUAAGUUAGGUCCAAAUAUGGCAUUACUAGGAUUAGAUUGUAGAACUGAAAGAAAAUUGAAGCAGGUUAUUUCAUGGGACACUUACAAAUUAUUAUUUCAACGUGUCUCUGCUGAAAUUGAAUUGUCACAGAAACAAAAAGAGCAAAGAAUUGAUCAUUUGUUGAUUAUGUUAGGUAUACCUAUUGCAUAUACAAGAUUAGUUUGGUUGGAAUGGUUAUUUUCAUCUAAAUUGCUUGCUCCAUUAAAAUAUCUUUCAAAGAAAAACAUUGUUGGACAUGGACUACUGAAUGAUUUUAACGGUGAUGUUGAAUUAUUAGAUGAUUUGAAUGAUCAUUGGUGUGCAAGGUAUCAUAAAGCGGAGAGAAACUUCUUGGUUUCAAAAUUACAAGAUUUGAGUGCUAAAUAUGGAAUCAGAGUGACAAUCUUAUCAGGUGAUGUCCAUUUAGCGUCUAUUGGUAGAUUUAGAAGUAAGUUGCAUAGUAGCUUAAAAAGAAACGAGGAUGUCAAUAUGAAGGCGGAUGUUUUUGAAAAUCCAGAAUACGAUAGUAGAUUGAUAUUCAAUGUAAUAUCUAGUGCUAUUGUUAAUACACCACCGCCCGAUGGAAUGGCAAGAUUAUUGCAAGAAAAAAAUAAAUUGCAUCAUUUUGAUGAUGAAACAGAAGAAAAUAAUAUUGAAAUUUUUAAAGUAGAGACUAACGGUAAAAAAAGAAGACGUAAUAAUGCCUUUUUGAACAAAAGAAACUGGUCAGAUAUCAUCCCAGUAAAGAAUGUGAUUGAAAAUGAAUAUUUACAAGGGAUUUUAAAUAUUAAAGUUGGUGAUAAACAUGUGCCUGGUAUUGUUAAAGGUCCACAAUGUGAUUCCAUAUUGCUGAAACAGAUUGAAAAGAGUAAUCUUAAAAAUCAAUCAUAUCCAGUCACUAAAAAUGGUAUUAUUUGUUCGAUACAUGCCGAGAUCGAUGAAAGUAGUAUGAAUUCUGAAACAAGUUGGUAUUUUUUACCUAUCCCGGACUUACAAACAGGAGGAGGAAAGAAAUUGUCUCACACAGGUAUGAAACAUUCUAUCAUAUAA